CUUAGAUACAAAGACCUUUGACGACGCAGAAAGACAACGUGCAAAUAGUGAAACGUCAUGACUGCUUCCAAGUCUUAUCCACGAUCAACUGUCACCAUGGUACCUACUUGUUUGAAGCGUGCGAUGGUUUUGUUGGUUGCCUUCGGGAUGAUGGCACACUGCCAAAGAAUGGAGGAGGAUCUGGUUGCCGAGGAAACUGAUAUUCUGGAGGCCCAAGCCUUAGAUAGUCCUGCUGUCGCUGCUUACUGGACCACCGUUGGCGGGACUUAUAUUAUUCGCAUGUCGGUUGGUCGUUGUGGUGUUUGGGUAGUUAAUAUAUAUUAUUCUGUAUUCUAUCGCAGCAAUACCUACGAUUCACCGAAAAGCUUGGGAGAUGCAUGGCUCGGGGUGCCGAACGACAAAUUGUUAAAAAUCAGGCAAGUUAGCGUGGGUUACAGUACAGUCUGGGCGAUCAAUCAAUACUACGGUGUGUAUUAUCGAGAAGGUAUCACUGCCUCUAAGCCUCGGGGCGAUAAGUGGGUGAAAUUGUCUGAUAAUACAAAGAUAAAAUGGAUCACUGUUACUCAGAAGGGUCAUGUGUGGGGUCUGUCUUCAUCUCAGAAGGUAAUGUACCGUGAAGGGGCAAGUAACACCAAUAUUGCUGGGACUGAGUGGAAGACAGUGAGUGGGGUGCUAUUAGAUACAAUAACAGCGGGUAAAUCGGGUGUGUGGGGUUUAAAUUAUGGCUUGACUAGGAAAGUUUGGUAUCGUGAGGGUACAUAUGGCGACCCAGAAACUAACACAGUGGGGUCAAAGUGGACGGAUGUCCAAGGGGUAUUUAACUACAUUUGCGCAGGAGAUGAUAAGGUCUAUGGUGCCAAUUACACCAGUGAAAUAUUCUAUCGUAAUGGGAUGACGGCUGCAAGUCCAGUGGGGAGUAAUUGGGGACAAACUGAAACAGGUGUCAACGGCUUGUAUCAUGUGGCUUACGUGAAAGACGUGUUGUGGGCUAUCGACUACUCUUACACUGUUCGUGCCAAGGUUUUUUAGGAGUCACAGAAUGUAACUCAAAUAGAGCCCAUGACUGGCUAUAUAAUAUUAUAGUGGUUUAGUGGUAAAGAUGAUAUUCGAUCUUAUUUUUUAAUUAAAGGACUUUGGUAAAUUGGAAGCAAACAGCUUUGUUUGAGGCCUUCCCAGUCCUCCCCAGUCUCACACUCAUACCGGUACCUACAUAUUACUUGGAUGUUGGCAAAGAGUUAUUUAUUAGUAUAGGUGAUAGGGUUUUUGCUUGUUAAAGUUUAAUACAUGACAAAGAGCUAAAGAUCAUUGUGAUAUAUUGCAGAAAAGUCAACAUCACAAGCCUCCCGUAGAAAAUCAAAUAAGCAUGUAUGUAAGUAAAGAUACCAAUUAAAGGUAAUAUCGGUAAACUAAGAUAUAUCACCCAGACGCAAAUUCCAUCUUAUGAAUAACACAUUGUGGACUUUCGUGAAUGCUUCAUAUCACUAUUUCACUAUUAGCAUAAUCAGGUACUUUUCAGUUUUAAAAUUCAAGAUACAAGAGAAUAACAGAUCGUUACCUUGCUAAAUAGCCUCAGACUGAAGGUGGUUAAUUAUUCUACAUUAUACAUGAAUGGUUUAUUACAGCCCAUAUGCUUUUGGAUUGUACUGCCGUAGUCCAGACAUUUUGCAUUUAUUACUUGGUUGCAUAGCAUUCCUAUAAUAUAGUGU